GUGCAGAAAUACCAGCGGAGGAGGAAUUUCUACCUGUGCGCUGUGUUUCACAGUGCAUGCAUGCUUCAAGUGCCGGGCGAGCCUAUCCAGUUUGAGGUCAGCAUUGGUAACUAUGGUAACAAGCUGGACUCCACCUGCAAGCCCCUGUCAUCGACCACCCAGUACAGCUACGCUGUGUUUGAUGGUAAUCACUACUAUUACCUGCCCUGGGCUGACACUAAGCCUGUUGUGAUUCUCACUUCAUUCUGGGAGGACAUCAGUCACCGUCUGGACUCUGCCAAUUUACUCCUCUUCAUCGCUGAGAGACUGGAGUCCCACCUUACCGCUUUAAAAACAGCCAUCUUAGCCAAAGAGUCUGAAACACGUCUGGCAGAGAUUUGGCUCAAACUCAUCAACAAUAUGAUUGAGGAUCUGAACAGUUUCCAGCUCCCAGUGCUGGAGGGCCAGCCCAAUGUGACUGUACUGGAUCUCCAGUUGAAAAAGCUUCGAGACGCUGCUGUGGACGCCAUCAGAGAGAUGGCCAAUCGCAUGAAGGGGGAGGCCACGAAUGUCAAAGACACUGUUGGUGACAUCGAGGACUGGUUGGAAAAAAUCAAGCAGCUGGCAGAGGAGCCUCAGAACAGCAUGCCUGAUGUGAUCAUCUGGAUGUUAAGAGGAGAGAAGCGAGUGGCUUUUGCUCGAGUCCCAGCAAACCAGAUCCUGUACUCUGACUUUAGUGAACAGGCGCGUGGCAAGCACUGUGGACGGACUCAGACCAUUUUCAUGCAGUACCCCAUGGACAAAAACAAAGGGGAGAAGGUCCCUGUUCAGCUACGGGUCAACAUGUGGCUCGGCCUCUCUGCUCAUGAGAAGAAGUUCAACAGCUUCUCAGAGGGAAACUUCAGCGUCUAUGCUGAAAUGUAUGAGAACCAGGCCCAUGUUUUAGGGAAGUGGGGAACUACCGGUCUGGUUGGUCGCCAUAAGUUCUCAGAUGUGACUGGAAAGGUGAAACUCAAACGAGAACGCUUUCUGCCCCCCCGUGGAUGGGAUUGGGAGGAGGACUGGUUUGUUGACCCUGAGCGAUGGUAAGUCAAUGAAACACACCAUAUCACACACACACACACACACACACACACACACACACACACACACACACACACACACACACACACACACACACACACACACACACACACACACACGAAUGGAGAAAAGGUUCAAAGCCCAGCAGAGUUUGAGUGUCCACCUGGAUGGAAAUGGGAAGAUGACUGGAGCUUUGACAGCAACAAGGCUGUGGAUGAAAGAGGGUGGGAAUACGGUGUUACUAUUCCUCCCAAUGACAAGCCCAAAUCCUGGGUCGCAGCUGAGAAGAUGUAUCAUGUCCAUCGCAGGAAGAGACUCAUAAGACCACGGAAGAAGACAUCUGAUAAAAAGGCUGUUUCUGAGAGGCGAGACCCAGGGGAAGGCUGGGAAUACUCUUCCCUGAUUGGCUGGAAGUUCCACAGGAAGGAGCGCUCCUCUGACACAUUUCGCCGCCGCCGCUGGAGAAGAAAGAUGGUUCCCUCAGACUGCAUCGGGUCCUCUGCCAUCUUCAGGCUGGAAGGGGCAUUAGGUGUUGAUGUCGACGAGAAGGCCAGUAAAACGGAUGCAGCAAAACUAUUUGGUGCCAACACACCCACUGUUUCCUGCCACUUUAGCCAGUUUUGCCUCUACCAUCUGAGAGUGUACGUGUACCAGGCGAGGAGUCUCUGUGCCAUGGACAAUGACAGCUUCUCGGAUCCUUAUGCACAUGUGUCAUUCCUCCAUGUGAGUAAGACCACAGAAGUCAUAAGGUCCACCCUGAACCCCACAUGGGACCAGACUCUCAUCUUUGAGGACAUUAAGAUCUACGGAGACCCACAAACUAUUGCCCGCAACCCUCCUGAUGUGGUGCUGGAGCUGUGUGACAGUGAUCAAGUAGGUAAAGAUGAACCCAUGGGUCGCUGUAGGUGCCCCCCUGUGGUGAAGCUGAACCCCAGUGUGGCUCUCAGCCCUAAGCUGCUGUGGUUCCCGGUCAACAAAAAAGGUCGCAAUGCCGGAGAGAUACUGGUGGCUGCAGAGCUCAUACUGAAGAACAAGGGGAAUGACGGAGAAAUGCCUCUGCUACCUCCUCGCCGGGGGGAGAUGCUCUACAUGGUUCCCCAGGGAAUCAGGCCUGUAGUGCAGCUCACUGCGAUCGAGGUCUUGACUUGGGGCUUGAGGAACAUGAAGACCUACCAGUUGGCCACAGUCACCUCUCCCAGUUUGAUAGUUGAGUGUGGUGGAGUGAUUGUGCAAACCGCUGUAAUCAAGAACUUCAAAAAGAACCCCAACUUCCCCGGAUCUGUGCUGCUCCUCAAAGUGCUUCUUCCCAAAGAGGAGAUGUACACCCCUCCCAUCGUGCUGAAGGUAAUCGACCACCGGCCUUUUGGCAGGAAACCGGUAGUGGGUCAGUGCACCAUCGACUGCCUGGAGCAGUUCCGCUGUGAUCCAUAUCGCAUUAACAGUGAAGUCUGCAUGUCUGCUAGAGUGGCUAUGAUAGCUGCUGCCCAGGGAGAUGUUGCCAUAGAAAUUGAUGAGAGACCUAUCGUCAAAGCCGAGCUUCACGCAGAAAUGGACGAGGAAGCAGUAGACUGGUGGAGUAAGUUCUUUGCCUCUAUUGGAGAGAAGGAGAAGUGUGCGCCUUACCUGAAAAAGGGAUACGACAAAUUACAGGUCUUUAACAGUGAGCUUGAAGAGGUUCAACAGUUCCAGGGACUCACUGAUUUCUGCAGCACUUUCAAACUUCAGCGAGGAAAGACCGAGGAUGAGGAAGAUGACCCCUCUGUGGUGGGAGAGUUCAAGGGCUCAUUCAAGAUUUACCCACUGUCGGAUGACCCAGGGGUGCCAGCUCCACCCCGCCAGUUCAAAGAGCUUCCUGAGAGCGGACCGCAGGGCUGCCUUGUUAGAAUUUAUGUGGUGCGCUGUCUUGACCUGCAGCCUAAGGACACAAAUGGCUUGUGCGACCCAUACAUUAAGCUAUCACUGGGAGGGAAAACACUGGAUGACAGAGAUCACUGCAAACCAAACACCCUUCACCCAGAGUUUGGGAGGAUGUUUGAGAUGUCCUGUUUCAUGCCUCAAGACAAGGACCUGAAGAUUGCUGUGUAUGACCGUGACUUACUGAGCAGAGAUGAAAAAGUGGGUGAGACGGUCAUCGAUUUGGAGAACAGACUCCUGUCUCGUUUCAGGCCCUGCUGUGGCCUGCCUCAGACCUACUGUGUCUCAGGGAUCAAUCAGUGGAGAGACCAGCUGAAGCCGUCGCAGAUCCUGCAGAACGUGGCCAGAGUGAGAGGCGUCCCUCCUCCACGCAUCGAGGGAGAUGGAAGCUCGCUCUCUUUCUCAGGAAAAGAAUACCACCUGCACGAUUUCGAGGCAAACACUGCGAUCCAUCCACACUUAGGCCCAGCCAGAGAGAGGCUGGCCCUGCAUGUACUCCGAGACCAGGGCUUGGCACCGGAGCACGUGGAGACCAGAACCCUGUACAGCUCCUACCAACCCAACCUGUCUCAGGGACAGAUUCAAAUGUGGGUGGACAUUUUCCCCAAGAGCCUUGGUUUGCCAGGUCCUCCAUGUGAUAUCACUCCACGCAAAGCCAAGAAGUAUAUGUUGCGAGCCAUCAUUUGGAACACAACAGAUGUUACUCUGGACGAGACAAGCAUAACUGGAGAUAAAAUGAGUGACAUCUACGUUAAAGGAUGGAUGCUGGGUAUGGAAGACAACAAGCAGAAGACUGAUGUACACUACAGAUCCCUGGAUGGGGAUGGAAAUUUCAACUGGAGGUAUAUCUUUGAGUUUGACUACCUGCCUGCAGAACAGUUGUGCGUGGUCUCGAAGAAAGAACACUUUUGGAAUCUGGACAAAACUGAAAUUAGGAUUCCUCCUAAAUUGAUCGUCCAGAUAUGGGACAAUGACAAAUUCUCCAUGGAUGACUACUUAGGUUCACUUGAACUGGAUCUACUUAAUCUGAUCUCUCCUGCUAAGAGCCCAGAAAAGUGCAGCCUGAAGAUGCUGCCUGGUAUGGCAGGCUCAGUCUCCACGAAAAAAACCCUGCCCAACUCACUCUUCUCCCAGAAGUCUGUACGAGGCUGGUGGCCAUGUGCUAUCGAGCAGGAUGGGAAACAUGUGCUUGGUGGGAAGGUAGAGAUGACACUGGAAAUAGUGGAGGGGAAGGAGAUUGAGGAGAGACCUGCUGGGAAAGGCCGAGAUGAACCAAACAUGAGUCCCAAACUGGAUCCACCCAACCGGCCUGACACGUCAUUCUUCUGGUUUAUAAACCCUUGCAAGACCAUGAAGUUCAUCGUUUGGCGCAGAUUCAAAUGUAUUUUCAUUGCAGCGAUUCUUCUUCUGCUGGUUUUGUUGUUCCUUGGGAUCCUGUUCUACUCCCUUCCUAACUACAUCUCAAUGAAGAUCGUGAAGCCUUUCGCCUAAGGAGCACUGCAGAGAAGCUGUCCGUCUCGCUGCUGCAGAAACCACAGUCCUAUUUACUGUCACUGACCCUCAGAAAUAUCCACUUACGCAGCAUGAUAUCUAGCAUUUU